UGGUUAUAUUGCCAACAUACGACUUCAUCCAUGGACUUCAUUUGUUUUAAUCAGUAGACAAAUGAAGAAAAUACAUAAGGAAUUAUUUCAUAUUCUCGCUCAACCAUCUUUUUUAUUUUUGUCAUCAUCUCCGUUUGGCUCGGAGUUCAUGUUGUAUAAGCAUUGUACUGUAAAGAAUACCCUUUCAUGACAUGGCCUUUCCCAUAUAGGAAUUUCGAUACCCAGCAUGCUACACGGAAGCGAAAUACCAUCCACGUUCAGUACUUACACAGUCCUUUUAGGUGUAGCCAGAAGCUUGCAUGCUUGUUUGUCCGUAAUGUCGGGUAUCCUCUGAACCCCGAGCCAAGCCAAAAAAAAAAGUUAAAACUCUGUUGCCGUCGAGUGGAUUCUAUUUCUGGUCGGUCUCUAGCGGACUCGUCAGUGAAACAGUCGAUCCUUCACUGUGUUAGAGUCUGGACUUUUUUUUUUUUCAGUCAUUGUCUUGUUAUUUUUUUCUUGGCUGCAUCCAUAUAAAAACCCAUCAUCACCCCUUUCUUUUCUUCUAUCAUCACAAUUCUACACAAUGACUGUUCGUCCAACUCUCCCUCACAGCAACAU